AUGGCCUCCCUCAACGUCCUUGAGUUUGAUCCUGACGGCCGCCCUAUUAAGUUCGAAACCUGGCUGCAGGACCUACAGCUGUUCCUCCUGAGCGACUCUAAGGACGAUGUCUCCCUGUUUGACCUCACGUCUGGAGCUCGUCCUGCCCCUGCCGCCUCUGCCGAUACUCUAGGUCGCCUCAUCCUCCCCUACCUCUUUCCCGAGCUGUCCUCUUUCGACAUUGUAGACGACCUCAUCACCCACCUCCGCACUAUGGACGCUUGCUACCGUACAGCCCUCCCCGCCGAGUUUGUCCCCAAGAAUGAGCCCCCGAUCUACAUCACUCUCUACUUUAUAGUCACUCGCCUCCCCGACUCUCUUAGCGCAGUCUGGGACACCCUUCUCGCCCUUCGCCCUACAGACCUCUCUAUCGACCUGCUCUCGAAGCACCUCCUAGCAGCUGAGACCAACAUCGUCGCUGUAGGUGCUGCUCAUGGCACUCCCCGCACGCCCUUCUUUGAGGGGUGCUCCCCCUCCCCCCUUGCCCCCUCUAUCGCUUCUGCUGCUGCUGUCGACUUCCUUGGUGCUGAGGGAUUCGGUGCUGCUUGUGCUCCUAGUGGGAGGCGUCGCAGCGGCAAGGGCAAGGGAGGCAAGGCUGGUGGGGGUGGCGGCGAUGGAGGCGGUAAUGGUGGAGGCGGUGGAGGCGGUGGAGGUGGCGGAGGUGGCAGUGGGAGUGGUGGCGGGAGUGGGGGAGUCGGUGGCGGCAGCGGCGGGGGUGGCGGUGGCGGUGGUCGUGGUGACAAUGGACGUAGUGGGGGCAGUGGUGGUGGUGGUGGCGGGAGUGGUGGUGGCAGCAGCAGUGGUGGGCGGACUGGAGGUGGUCAGUGGCAGUAG